CUCGGGUAAUCGUCCACAAUGCUUUCAGAAGUUGGAAAAUGAUUUCUAUUUUAUAGGUCACAAAUCUGGGACUCAGCAGUGAUCUGCCCACCCCGUUCAACGUGCCAACUAGAUGCAGACGCAAGGAUUCGAACCCCUAUUUUCCUUGCUAUUUUUCCUGCCUCUGAGAGUGCCAGGGCGACCGGCUGACCCAGGAGGAGGCCUAGGAAGCCAAGAACCAAAGUUUUGGAUGCGGGCUAAAUGAAAGGAAACCCAAGAAACCCAAGCGUUAGUAGCCCCACCCUUCUCCGAAGCCCCGCCCCAGCCAGGGGGCUGGGAGAGAGGGUUUCCAUGGUGACGACAAACAAAGCCAAGCUUAGAGGGGCAGCUACAGAGCUGCCAUCCCCACGGCGCCAUGAUCCCCCCUGCCGACUCUCUGCUCAAGUAUGACACGCCAGUGUUAGUGAGCCGGAACACGGAAAAACGGAGCCCCAAGGCUCGGCCACUGAAAGUCAGCCCCCAGCAGCCUGGCUCCUCCAGUACGGUCCCACAGCCACCCAAAGCCAAACUCCCCUCACCUUCCUGUGUUCCAGAUCCUACAAAGCAGGCAGAAGAAAUCUUGAAUGCCAUCCUGCCCCCAAGGGAGUGGGUCGAAGACACACAGCUAUGGAUCCAGCAGGUAUCCAGCACCCCCAGCACCAGAAUGGACGUGGUGCAUCUCCAGGAGCAGCUAGACCUGAAGCUGCAGCAGCGGCAGGCCAGGGAGACGGGCAUCUGCCCUGUGCGCAGGGAGCUCUACUCACAGUGUUUUGAUGAAUUGAUCCGGGAAGUCACCAUCAACUGUGCGGAGAGGGGGCUGCUGCUGCUGCGUGUCCGGGAUGAGAUUCGCAUGACCAUCGCUGCCUACCAGACUUUGUAUGAGAGCAGUGUGGCAUUCGGCAUGAGGAAGGCCCUGCAGGCCGAACAGGGGAAGUCAGACAUGGAGAGGAAAAUUGCAGAUUUGGAGACAGAAAAGAAAGACCUAGAGAGGCAAGUGAAUGAACAGAAGGCAAAAUGUGAGGCCACUGAGAAGAGGGAGACGGAGAGGCGACAGGUGGAAGAGAAGAAGCACAAUGAGGAGAUUCAGUUCCUAAAACGGACAAAUCAGCAGUUGAAGGCCCAACUGGAAGGCAUUAUUGCACCAAAGAAGUGAUAAUUUCCAUAUGGGUCUCAGUGAGCACUACUCCCCAUAAAAAGCCCUUUGUAAUAAAAAAGCUAGUUUCCUGAAUGAACAAGCCAACCCCUCCCCUGAUCACCACCUACGUAUGUCAGGAGUCACACUAUGGCUCCAGUGCCAGGAAACACCUAGUCUGGCAGCCAGGCUCCUGGCUGGACAAUGGGAGGUGGUGUAACCUGUCGGUGUGUGCAGCUUCAGGGUCAUCCUGGAGACUUUGCCAGUUCAAACCUUAAGACUUAGGAAGCCACUAGUUUCCCACACUCCACACCAUCCACUUCUGGCCAAAGCAGCUGCUUGUGUCUCUCAAAUUUUUGCUUCACAGUCUAUUUCAUACCCUAACUUGGGAUUCCCAGGCCUCAGUUCUUUUUCACUUUCAUCCCUAUUGAAAUGCAAUCUUUAGUAAAUCUUUUUGGAGCUGUGGUUUUAUAUUGUAUCAUCUUGUCCCCAUCCAAGUCAAGUGGAUUCCUUUCUCCUUAGAUGCAGACUGCCUAGGUUAGGAAACCGUGGCACACAAGGUAAACCAUGGCUUUGGAGAAAGUAAAUGCUUGCUCGAAAGGAGUAAAAGUCCCAGUGUCCUUUGGAGCCGUGAAUUCAGCUCCUCGCCAACAGACAUCAUUUGUUCUCCUUAUUCUGCAGAAAAUCAAACCCUGACUCCACAUCUACCUAAUUAGCUAAGUUAAAUUAACAGCUGGAGAGGUAACCACAUCUCGCAUGCAGUUCUAAUUACCAAUGAUCAGCUACAGCCUACAGACUUUAGACUCUGAAAACUGAAUUAGCAACAUAAAAUCUUUAACUCAGGGCAAACCGGGGUGAGCUAGGGCAGCAAACUGGGUCACGUCCGUGUCAGUUGUUUGACAAGUACUGUUCCUAAGAAGGCACUAACAUUUCCAUUUGUUUGGAAUGUCUGGAAUCCUCAGUAUCCCUACGAGAAUCAAGAAAGGACGCCUUCCUUGGCAGGGCUUUGCUAUGACACUUGUCCUGGUCAAGGCUCCAGUUAUUCCACAACUGUCCCAAAGAAGAGUUGUUUUUCAGGUGAAACAUCCCAGUAUCCAUCUUAAACCAAAGGUUACAGCUUUGGCCAAGUGUCCCAGGGACCUAUAAAUCUUGCCUGUGAUGCCACCUUCAUGGGAAAGAACUGUCCCUUAGAUCUACUGGUCCCAUGACCUGUCAGUAAAACACAUGUCCAGGUGGAUACCCUGCUAAAGCUUUUCCUUAUUUUUUAAGCCUAGCCAUGAACACUGCUAUCCUUGAAACACUCUUUUUACAAUUCUGUCCCAAAUUGCCAGUAUGCCAAAUAUUCCAGUAUGAAAGAUACACCAUUCUGCUCUUUCUCAUUUCUGUCCACACACACACAAACAGGAUUCUACUCUGGAGGAACUAAAGGCCAAUAAAGUGUCCGCAGUGUCAAUGGACUUGGUGACAGAACUCUGUAGGGCUGAGGGGCUUUCUCUUUUCACUAGCACUGGUGAAUGGUUUCAGCUGUAAAACCUAAGAACAAACAUAUACGGAUGGCCUCAGAAAUGCCGCGUGGGCAUUAAGAAAAUAAACACAAUUUGUAACUGCACAUUUUA